UCUCAACUUUACAGCGUCCAUCUGAGACUCGGGUCCGACUCUGUGGUAACUGUCGUGUGGCGCACUUGUCCAACUUCGUCCGGUGUCAAAAGCAGACUUACCGGAGGGGGUUACCGGUUCGGUUUCACGGCGCAUCCAGGUAGAAGUUUGUUACAGGAGGAAAACUUACCGGAUAUCAAACUUUUUCCACCUCAAAACUCAGUUUGGGAAAAAAAAAAUGGCAGACAGCAUGGAACAUGACGUCUCUUCUACUACUCCUCUGUUCAAUGAGGCAGUGCACCACUAUCAGGCCGAACCGGACCAAGAGCUGGACCAGCCCAAACAAGACCUCUUCAGCGUGGAGGAUAUUGUGGACUUGGUCGGUGGAGCUCAGGACGCCUUGGAGCGGCACAUAGCUGAAGACAGUGCGCCACAUGAGUUCACAGAAAGUGCCAUCAAUGCUCCAGUGGAGCCUGUAACGUUACCAGAGCCUUCCCUCCUUAUGGACCCAGAGCCAGAGUCAGUACCAGAGGUAAAUGAACCAGAACCAGAGCCAGAGCCGGCGAUCCCAGACUCUACAACUCAUUAUUUCGAGCCCGAAACUCCUUUUAUUGUUGAGCAGCCUGAAGUUAUUGCCCCUAAAGCCGAACCGGAAAGUACAAAGCUCGUACCGGAGCCACAGGCUGCCCCCGAGCCAGAACCUGUCCCGAAGAGCGACGCCCUCCCAGCGGCUGAACCCAGGAAAGCUGCCCCAGCCCCCGCAGAGGCAGCAGAGCAACCUGCGGUGACAGAAGAACCGUCGGCUCCAGCGUCUUAUGUACCUUCUCCUUCUAAAGCUCAACCACAUCCUCUGAUGCAAUUCCCUACAGCACUUGGGCAGAAGGGUGAUUCCCCUGCUCCCAUCUCUCCUAUCUCCCCUCUACACUCCCCUGACUCUUUGGAGGAGCUUUCUUUGACCGAGAGUCCCAACCAGCCCCCUACUUCAGGAUACGCUGCACUAUUGGGCUCCUUCUCCACUGAACCCCCCACUAAUCAUUCCAAGGACAUGCCUUGGGUGGGUGAAGAGGGUGACUCUGGACUGAGUCAUAGUAAGGAUAAGGAAGACCUUCUAGAUCCAUUAGCUGGUCCUUACCUGAGUUUAGGGAAAGACUCAGGGCCUCAUAAUCCGUGUGAAGACAGUGGAGUUUCUUUUUCCCCUGACGAGAAGCUGAUUAGCUCAGACAGGUCCUCCACAGGCCCCUCCCCAGUGAAUCCCCAGAUGAAGGUCCCUGAGUCUCAUAUUGCCUCCUCUAACCCAACAGAGCACAGGGAUUCACCAUUCCUAACAUCGCAAGACAACUCCAAGAUCACCAUGGAUACCUUUUCCAAGGACACAGCUCCUAUUAGCUCUUUCAAGUAUGAGCCAGACCUGCACGGCAACCAGUCUGAUGAAGAUGAUGAUGAUGACCUGAUGUAUGAAGUCAAGAAGAAUAAUAACCCAUUUGAAGGCUUUUCCCCACUGGCAGACAGUGGCUACUCCCAUUUUGGAGACUCUAAGUCUGACAGCAGAGUCUCUAAAAUGUCCGAGAGUCCCACUCCAGAUUUAGUCCAGUAUGGACAGACUGGAGAAUCACAGGAUUCCCCACCUUCAAUCUUGGAUGAGGGGAAAUCAUUUGAGGUUGGCAAGAUGGCAGACUCUCUCAUGCAGUCAGCAAACCAGUUCUCAUCUGGCCACAAAGAUGAUGAUGAUGAAGAGGAAGAUGAGGAUUCUGUUCUGCCACCAUCACUUCCAGAUAUCCUGAAGUCCUCCCCACUCAACCCUGACAAAAUGGACUCUGGCUCCUCCGAGGGUAGUCCAGAGGAGCAGAGUCCCAUCCUUGAGCGGAGGAUGAUGGAGUCACCCAACCCUCCAAUCAACCUGUCCGCUAACAACCCGUUCGCCUUUGAUGCUAAAGUGUCCCUGCUUAAGGAGAUGACUGAGGAGAUGGAAGUGAGAGCUUGUGACAAAGAAAAAGUUGAAGAUGACAAAAGCUUUGGCGCAUUUGAUCUUGUCAAAGAGGCAGAGGAAACCACCCCCACCAAGGUCAAAGAAGGGGAACCUGUCAAAAUCGAGCAGAAAGAUUGGUUCUCAAGCCACGAUUCUCCCAGAAUGACAGAAAAGUUUGAGCCACUUGACUUCCAGAGCAAAAAGACCCCAGCUGAGGACUCGGAUUCAGAGUCACCAACAGCAGACUCUCUGUCUCCGGUCCUGGAAGCCAUGGCCAAGAACCCUGCCAGCUUCCAGGUGGAAACUCAGAAGAAGGACUUAACAAUGGAGGAGCCAGAAGUAGCUGAGGAGGUCUCUGAGCAUGAAGUCUCUUCUGAGGAGUUCGAGUUCAUUGAGCGACCACCCAGGGGUGUAAUUGAUGAGUUUCUUGAGGCUUUGGAUACUUCAAAGUUUGCAUCCUCCAAACCCCCUGAAAUCCCCAUGGAUGAUGAUGACCUAAGCUUCGAGCAAAAAGAUGUGGCACCAGUUUCUGCUUCAAAGGUAGCUCCAACCCCCAAGGUUGAGGAAGAGGCCCAGAGUCAGAGCUCCUACCUUCUCCUUACCCAGGCCUCUCCCCAGAAGAGCAAGGCUGAGCUGGAGAAGCUGGAUAUCCAGCAACCUCCACCCCAAGUUCCCCUUAUCCAUUCGCCUGUCCACAAACCAGAGGAGGGUGUCGCUAAGAAGAGCACAGAGGGUGGCAAACUGUUAAAGAUGCCAAACGUGAACAUAAGAGCAGUGGUGGAGCUCCUCUACUGGCGAGAUGUGAAGACCACGGGUGUGGUGUUUGGCGCCGCCCUGCUGCUCCUCCUCUCUCUGAUGGUGUGCAGCAUCGUAAGCGUCUGCUCCUACAUCGGCCUGGCUCUGCUCUCGGUCACCAUCUGCUUCAGGAUAUACAAAGGCAUCCUGCAGGCCAUCCAGAAGUCAGAUGAGGGACACCCAUUCAAGCAGUUCCUGGACCAGGAGGUGGCACUUUCCGAGGACAUGGUCCACAAGUACAGCGACAUUGUUUUGGCCAAAAUCAACAAGACCAUCGGUGAAUUGAGGCGCCUGUUCCUGGUCGAGGACCUGGUCGACUCCAUCAAGUUUGCCGUGUUGAUGUGGAUCCUGACCUACGUUGGCGCCCUGUUCAACGGGCUCACCAUUCUUAUUCUGGGUCUGGUCGGAGUGUUCAGCUGCCCGAUCAUCUAUGAGAAACACCAGACUCAGAUCGAUCAUUACCUGGCUCUGGUCAACAACCAGGUGAAAGACAUCGUUGGAAAGGUCCAGGCAAAGGUGCCCGGGAUGAAACGCAAAGCAGAGUGAAGGAACAGCAAGUCGGAGUUUGGAUUCAGGAAGUCCAGAUGAGAAGAUGGUUGGAGGGCGUCUUGGUGAGGGAGGGGGAGGGUGGAUAUGACGGAAGGCAGGAGGAGAAGAGGAGGGGUCUGGCGUGGACGCAGCCCUUCUAACUUUUAUUUGUCAACAUAAUAAAACACUUUUUUUUUCCAGUUCAGAAUUCCUUUUUGUUUUUGUGUUUUCCUGAAAAGUUGAAGAGUUCAGCAGAGCUUCAAGACGUCGAGGUCAGCUUCGUGCUUAGUAUUUUACUUUUUUCAAUCAGGUUAUGAAAUGUUGGUUUCUGUAAGUUUCUGAAACUCACAGAAGCACAUUUUUAAUCCUGAGCUUUAACCCUUCCCUCUCCCCAACCCCAGUGCAUUGUGGGAGGUGUGUUUUUCCCUUCAGGUAAUUUUUAAUUUUUUCUCUUUUCCCUGCCCUCAGUUGAGUCGAGCGGAGAGAAAAGUUUGCUCCGUCUGCUGUUUUUGAGAAGGAGAGCGAGCAGCACCUCGUUUGUAUUGUUUUCUUAUUUUGGUAUGAUGACUGAGUUACAAGUAUUUUGUGAUUUUAUUGUCGUGUCCCUCAAGCUCUUAGCUCGUUUCUUCGGUAACCUUCUGCGUGGUUUUUUGCCUCGAUGUGACGAAUGACGAAUUUGGUGAACGACGUCUUUGACUCCUGAUGAGGCCGUGGGGGUGGGACGGGGUGGGUGGGGGCUUGUACUACCAUUUAAAAACUUCAUUGCUUCUGAGUAACUCUAGCUAGAAACAUCUAGAAAACCUUUGCCAGACAAAUAAAAGUCAUUAAUCACAUAACAAGUCGUUAUUUCCAUGUCAUCGCAGCUGUCUAGUAAUGAACAACUCUGGAAGAACACGUUUACAUUCAUCCACAUCAGAUAAAAUAUGAAAAAGAGAAAAAAAAUGAAAUGGGAAUUAAAGAAAAAAUAAAUAACCAUACUGUCUGUGAAGCCAAUAUCUUAAUAAAGUUGCAACUUGAUGUGACUUUGGGAAACCUUUGAGCAUUUGUUUGUUAUGCAAGUAUAAUUGUGAAUGAUAAACUUCAUACUUCAAUAGUGACGAUAAAUAGCUUCCAGCUGGGAGCCGUGUUUGUGGAAUGCAUUGUGAGAUGUGAACAAUUAUCAAUAAAGCUUCUAGAAGAAGAAA